UAUGGGAGGAGGGGGCACCCCAAAGUAGCAGCCUCAGGCAUCCCAGCCCAGGCAGAGUAGCUGGGGCUGCACAGUAGACAGACCUGAAGGAAAGACCGCAGCUGGAGGCUCAGGCCAGCCAUGGGGCUCCACAGGAAGCAGGCCGUGCUGCUGAUGCCUCUGUUGUUGCUGGUGACUUGUGUCCAGCCUGGGACAGGUCUGGAGAGCAUUAACUAUGUCCCCCAGCUCCCCAGAGCCACCCUGGAGGGGAGACUCACACAAUCUACCUUCACACUGGAGCAGCCCCUGGGCCAAUUCGAGAAUGUCGGCCUCUCUGACCCAGACCCCAUCUGGCUGGUGGUGGCUCACAGUAACGCCUCUCAGAACUUUACUGCCCCACGCAAGGUAGCGAACGUGCACGCCCCUGCCAACUUUGACCGCAAUGGCUACUACCUCACGCUGAGGGCCAGCCGGGUACACUACAAGGGCGGCCAUUCUGACAGCGGGCUCCGAGUCCUCCGUGUUGGGAAUGACAACAACUGCUCCUUGGGGUCCCAGGGCUGUAACCCUCCUUUGCCAGGAGCAGGCCCCUACAGAGUGAAGUUCCUGGCAAUGAAUGCCAAGGGCCCCGUGGCUGAGACAAUGUGGUCCCAGGAGAUCUACCUGCAGCAAGCCCAGACAUUCCGAGGAGCUCCAGGGUCCCAGAGCAAAGGUACUGUGGUCAUCAUUGCCUUCUUGUCAAUCCUACUGGCCAUCCUGCUUGCGGUCUUCCUCGUGCUGGUCAUAUCCGCUUGUGUGGAAGCCCGAGGGAAAGCCACAAGUGCCCCUUCAUCCCUGGGCUCAGGGUGA